UGUUACUAUCCUUACCUUCAAAUUCUCAUAUACACUUAUUUUUUAAAAUGGAGGUAGAUCUCUUUCAAAAGAAUUUUCUCACUUAUAGUACAAUCUCUUGUACCAUAUCCACCCAAAUAGGACUAGAUGACUCAAAAGUGGAGCUCUCUUCUUUGGAGCCUGGAUCUGAGCCAAACACAGAGAAACCAAAUUUGAGAUAUAGGUUCAUAAAUACAGAAUAUAAGGCUACUAAUAGUUAAUAAGUUUGGCCGAAUUUAGUACGUAAGCCCCUCGCCUUUACAAAGGCAAUUAGAGCACGUAAGUUAUUUGCCUGCUACUCAAGCUAAGAAAGGAAUUAGCCCGCCUCGCCACAAUGAAUUGUUGCUCUGGGAUUUACAUACUUUAUUUAGUAAUAAAGCCAAGUAUUAAAUUAGAUAAACAGUCAAAAAGUGUUUAUCAGUAGAUUCCUGUUCCUAACUCCUUAGAUCUCACUAAAACCACCAACUGCUUAUUUCCCAGGAUCAAUCUGGCAACCUUCAGAUAGACACGAACAAAGAGCAAACAGCACUAAAUCCGACAAUAGAGUCCAUAUUUACCACCUCCGCUCCUAUUAAC